GCGCAUUGCCAGUCUGAUGACGACACGCGCCCAGUCUAUUCGUCAGUCUUUGAUUCACGCACGACAUGAGAACGUCGUCGACGAAGAUUACCGAUAUUAGGCAACUUAAAAAAGGCGAUCACAUUUCAGUAAAUGGUCUCAGCUCUGGAGGCUGCAGCUUAUCAUCAUCAUCAUCAUUUUAUGAUCAUCAUGGUAUAUACAGUGACGGGUAUGUGUACCAUUUUUUCGGUGACACUCAACGAGAUGCGAGUGUAAAGAAAUCUAGAAUUGAGGAUUUUUUGAAUGGACGAAGUGGCUUAUAUCGUAUCAACUAUUAUGAACAGUCAUGUUACGAUUCUCAACGGGUUGUUGAGAGAGCCGACAAGAUAUUUCGAUAUGGGACAUGGCCAGAAUACGAUCUGGUCUCCAACAACUGUGAGCACUUCGCAACAUAUUGCAAGACAGGGAUUGCCUACUCCAAUCAAGUCGACGGCAUCUUUGAUAUUAAAUUUCUCAAUAUCAUUAUUAAACCUCUCGGUAUCAUUAUUAUUAUUAUUAUUCUAGUGGCCAUGGUGCUCACUCUUAGAUAUGUGUUUACUAUAGGUAGUAAUCCUAACAAUCUUUUACAUACAAGGAUGAAUUGAGUCUAGACUUGAUGAUUUGUCAUUUUUGUGAACAUAUAAUGAACAGUUGAACAAGAAUGACUAGUAUGUUUAGUUGUUUUCACGUUGUCUGUAUCUUCCCUAGACUUCAGUAGUCGCCCUCUAAUGAUAUCAUAUGUGUAUAACAUUAUAGGGUCGUAAUUGGAUAGGCAUAUC